CACACCCUUCUCCAAUAUUACUGGCUCCGGGACACGCGCUGCUCCACUGUGAUUGGCUGUUGUACCACUUAGCACGCGCCCUGAUGCUUUGAGACGGGACUUAAUUGCGGCAGCGUUAACAUAUCCCACUAAAUUGCAGUGGGGCGCGUCUUGCCUAGAAAGUUCGUGGGGAAACUCCGCUGCGACGGCAGUGCAGCCGACGGACGCGCUGUGAUGACGUUCUCAACAUGACGUCUGCCACUCUGACAGGGCGAUGUCGCCUCUGUUUAUCGUCCAACUCCUGCUGGGAUGAAUAACAUCUGGACGGACAACCCAACGACUUGUUCCCCACGACAUUGCCCUAAGGGAAACAUGGCGAGCCAGCCGUCCGCCCUGAGGGAAUUUUGCCCACUGCAGGACCUGCUGAACGCCAUCCCGGCAAAAGUUCAGCGCGGCUUCCGCUCGGUGGUGGUCUACCUGACGGCGGUGGACAGCAGCCGCGACUUCGUGGCGGUGGGCAGCAGCAUCGGGAUGUUGUACCUGUACUGCCGCGGCCUGGCGCACAUGAACAAGUACAGCCUGGAGGGGAAGUGCGAAGCCAUCACCGCCGUGAAGCUGCUGAGCUGCUUUGACGACCUGGUGGCCGCGGGAACGGCGUCGGGUCGGGUGGCCGUCUUCCAGCUGGUGUCGCCCCUGCCGGGUCGCAACAAGCAGUUGCGGCGCUUCGACGUGGUGGGCCUCCACAAAGGUACGGUCACGUCUUUGGCGUGGAGCACCAACGGCAUGAAGCUUUUCUCCGGGGACGACAAAGGACGCGUGGUCUUCUCUGCUCUGGACUUGGAUCAGGGUACGUGCACCCCAACGCUGCUGUUGGAGGAACCCGGCGGCGUGGUCCAGCUGGACUACAGUCAGCAGGUUCUGCUGGUGUCCACGCAGCAACGCUCGCUGCUGUACCUCACGCACACGCAGCAGGUCCAGCAGCUCGGCACCAAACCCAGGAAGUGCAACGGCAGGUUCGGAGCCUGCUUCCUGCCGGCUCUUUGCAAGCAAAGCGACCUUCAAGUGUUUGCCGCCCGCCCGGGACUCAGACUCUGGAGGUCCGACGUCUCGGGUCACGUGAUCGACACCAGACUGCUCAAAGCCGUCUUCGAUACUCAGAUUCCCCACUUUGAGAUAUUCCCUCGUUCCGGUCCGGCGGGGGCGUACCGUCCGGCCGAGCGUCAGCUGGGUCUGCUCAGCUGCUUCCUGAAGGAGGGUUGGAUCCUCAGCUGGAACGAAUACAGCAUCUACGUGCUGGACUGCGUCAGCCAGGUACUGGUGGGGGCCUUGGAGAGCGGCGGGGAUAUUGUGUCGCUGUCCUGCUGCGACAACGAGAUCUUCGUCCUGAAGGGAGACCGAGAUCUCAUCCGACUGUCCGACAGUCCGGAGGCAGCGUGCGGCGUCUCCCCUUCGGCCUCUCGCUUCCCCGCGCGUCUGUCCUCGCCGUUGAUGCCGCAAGCCGCCGUCAUGGCGCCGACGGGUUGCGUGGAAACGGCUCAGCCGAUCAGGACCCUGGCCGUCGUCGCGGAAGGGGGCGGGAGGUGCGCCGAGGAGGGCGAAGAGGAAGAGGAGGAAGCUGAGGAAGCGCAAGAGAAGGAGAAGGAGAAGGAGAAGGACGAGGGCAUCGGCAUCCUGACCAGCUGCUCGCGAAGCCGAAGCAGCUCCGUGACUUCCUGGGACAGUCUCCGUGGAAACGCCUCCAGCGACGCCGACUGCCGCCGCUACAGCGCCCCCUUGGGGCAGGAGGAGGUGUGGCAGGAGCUGGUGGUGAAAGCCGUUAAGGUGAAGAAGAAGAAGCGGCAACGACAAGACAGCGGCAGUGGGAAUCGUCUGUCCGAGAGCAGCUGCUCGGAGGCGACCUUUCCGGUCCGAGAUCGCAGCUGCAGCGACGGGGGCGGCGCAGCGUCCGUGGCGGACUUGGACCCCCCAAAACAGGACACUCGGAUGGAGGUCGGCGAUGGAAAUGAGGAGGAGGCUGAAGAUCAGGAGAGAGAGCAUUCCAGCGGGCGGACCCCGCAGGGCGCGGAGAAGGAGGCGGUGCCCCUCGCCCCGGAUGUGGACGUCCUGCUGGAGUGCACCUUCUCCUACGUGCGGAAUGAGCGGGACGACCCCCUCCUCGGACCUCCGACGCAAGCGGAGGGCGGCGAGGACGACGACUCGGCGCCACCUGCGGGCGUGAUGGACCAGACUUCGGAUUCUGGACUGACGAAGCCCAGCGUGUCUAGCGAUGACGAGGAGGGCGACAUCUACCGCCACGCUCUGCCCCGUGUGGGCGGUGGCAAUGUGGAACAACGCAGCAACACUCACCGCCAAGAGGCCGACGGAGAAGCGUCGCAGCGGGACGGUCGGGACGGACGUGGGCGCGAAGCUGAGCAGUUGGCCGAAAGCUGGAUGGGGUACUCCGGACCCGGAUGCGGAAUACUGAGUCUUCAUGUGACGGACAGGCACGUGUGGUGUUUGGACUUCCGAGGGGGGCUCUUCUGCAGCCCUCUGCCCGAAAGCAGCCUCCAGUGGCAGCGCUUCGAGGACAACAUCCACCAGGCGGCGCUCUCUCCCUCAGGCAACCUGCUGUGGAAGGUGGAGCAGAAGAGCUUGACGGCGUUCGCCUGCGCCAAAGUGGCGGCGGCGCCAGGCAAGCGUCACUGGUACAAGGCGGCGGAGCAGACGGCCUUCGUGGCCCUCAGCGACGACUCGGCCUGGAUCAUCAGGACCAACGGAGAUCUGUACUUACAGACCGGUCUGAGCGCGGAGCGUCCGUGCGCCCGCUCGGUGAAGGUGGACACGCCCUGCGUGUUCAGUCAGGUGUGCGUGCGAGGGGGCGUGGCCUGGGCCCUGAGCGAGCACAACGCUUUGUUCUACAGGGAAGGACUCCACAGCUUCAGCUGCCUCGGAGACACCUGGAAGUACGACACCGUCAGCGAGGCUCAGGGCGUGGAGCUCAUGUGCGUCACGCUGGGGGACGGCGGCACAGCCUGGGCGCUGGACAUCAGCGGGAGACUCUUCUUCAGAACCGGAGUCUCCUCGGAACGGCCGCAGGGGGACGAUGACCACUGGUGGCAGGUCAGCAUAUCCGACUACGUGGUGUUCGAUCAAGGCAGCUUGUUCCAGACGCUCCUGAACGCCACGCAGAGCGUCGCCACGGUAACCAGGGCGCCGAUGGAGCGGGUGGUGGCCUUCCUGUCUCAGUACUCGCAACGCCAGCCCUGCCUUCUGAGCGCCAACGCGGGCGGCGUUUGGGUGGCGUCCGGACAUAACCAGCUGCACUUGGCCCGGGGCAGCCUGGUGGGAACUUUCUGGCAGAACCUGGUCCCCAGAGGGACCGUGGCGGCCACCAGGUGGAGCUCCGUCACCUCUUCGUCCGUGCCCCACAAAGAGGGUGCCUUCCUGUGGUUGGCUCAGAGCAAGAAGGAUCUCUUCUGCGUGUGGGACCAUGAUGGAGAACUCCGCCCGUCCACGGUCCCGCUGCCACCCGAUGUGGAGCUGAGCCAGGUGUCUGCUUGCCGCGACGCCCUGUGGGGACUGGACUCCCACGGCCGGGUUUCCAUCCGCACGCUGUCUCCGUCCUGUCCCUGCGGCCUCCACUGGACGCCGCUGGACCUCAGUCAGCUGGGAAGUGUACGUCUGGUGAGCGUCAGCUGCGGCAUCCAGAACGUUUGGGCUGUGGACAAUCGAGGACUGGUCUACUUCCGAGUUGGAACCCAACCGCUGAACCCUAACAUGAUGCUUCCCGCUUGGAUUCACAUAGAACCACCUGAGCAGCCUGUUGGAGUUCAGCUGGUCAGUAUUGAGACGAGUCCAAACGAUCGUCUUCUGUGGGCGUUGGACAACAGAGGCGCCGUCUUUGUGAGGACGGGACUCAGUGAUGAGAUGCCGGUCGGGACAAAUUGGGACCUGGUACCAGGUCUGAGCGUCAGUCAGCUGGUUCUGAGUUGUCGGACAGUUUGGGUCCGAUGCGUCAAUGGAGACUUGGCCCGACGUUACGGCGUCUCUGAUAGAAACCCGGCUGGAGACUACUGGAAGAAGAUUCCGGGAAAUGCCAACUGGUUGACUGUCACUCCAGACGACGAGCUUUGGGCGGUGACUGCGCUUGGCGGACUGGCCCGUCGGAUGACAAAGCUCCUCCCACCAACCCCCCGUCACCCCGCCCCCUUCGGGAAAACGGCCGGUGACGACGUCGACGACGGGUGGGAGCUCCUCUGAUGCCGUCCGUUGUGGAAUUCUGUACAAUAGCUGAAACUUCUUUUAAGCGCUUCCCAUGAAAUGAGCCUGAUGUGGCCCAACUGCGACUUGCUGUUACGACAAUAACUGAGAGAUGUCUUGAACUCGCUCAAGCGGUUUGCAAACUGCUCGAACGGGUGUGCAAGAUCAAAGCGAUAUCCAGUACAGCCAGGAAGAGGAUGACUUCUUUCAUGCAGAUGCUUCUUUUAUCAGGGAUUUGAGCGGAAAAACUCUUGGGUGCACGAGAAAUUCUACUCCUGAGGAUGUACCCCUGGUUGUACUCUGCGUACGUGUAAAUACUCCCGCCACACUCUGAGGGACUAAGAUUCACCUGGACUCUCGCAGGUGCUGUGGACAGCAGUGGAUUGAUGGACUCAAGUGAUCUCCGGUGCUCUCAGGCGAACAAGGAAUGAGACUUCCACCCUAAGAUGAACUGUGUCCAAUACACUUUAUGCAGACUUCAAGAGACUGAACUUACCUUGAAUCCACUCGAUAGACCCACCUGGACUCCAGUGAAUUGGGCAAAUAGGGACUAUCCCACCUGAGCAAGCUCCCUAUGACCUACCUUCGUAGACUAUGUAUACACACAUACGUAGACUGGUACGUGGUAGACUUUGGGGGAGACUCUGGGCAUUGGUGGAUGAUGAUGAUGGACUUGAGUUUCUACUGGACUGCAUUCACACAUGCUAAAUUAACUGAACUCGUUUGAGCUCGACUGCAUACUGGCAGACUUUGGUAGAAUCUCAAGUGGACUCGUGCAAAUGCUCUGGACAUCAGUAGACUCUGAAGAACUCUCAUGAGGUUUAGUGCUACUCGGUUCAAGAACCCCUGCAGGAACAAGCGUGCUCCCACCUGGAUGAGCUUCCCAUGAUGGACUCUAUAAACCACAUACGGUGGACUACAUUGUGACUUCGGCACACUUCACUCACCACGCAAGCUUUGAUAGAUUCUAGUGGACUUAACCAAACUCUUGGAAUGAGCUCCACUUUAUUGCACACUGGAUGUUUUAAGUGUUGGCUCGGACGCGGAACCUGGGAAUUGAUGUCGUUCUGCUACGUGAUGAUCGGUUAAAGACGUAUCCAUGAACUCAGAAGCUGCUCAGCAUAGAAUCACUUCAGUGCCCUUGACUUUAUUACACAACCAAAACACGGUUAUGUGUAUGGGCUCACGGUUCGGACUCGAGGAUCAUAAGACUGUUUACGCCAUCACGUACAUGUUUUGGUCUCUUUUCAUAGUAACAGAAAGUCCAGUCCCAGGUUGCCACGUGGCUCCAGGAAAGUGGCCGGCUGCUUCAUUUCACUCGAGACAGACUAGACUAGACUAGACUUAAAGUGGAGACAGUCUGAAGCAGUCGAAGACUGCAAAAACCGACCCAACAUGUCCCGAGGACUACAAGCGCCAACUUCAGCAAACAUGACUAACGAUGGAGCCACUGUAAAAAAAACUUUGGAAUGAUUCUGGUAGACUUGCUGCACUUUACUGUAUAUUUCAGGUUCUGUGUCGGAGCCGGAACUGAUGUCACCCUGCCGUGCGUUGAUGGGUCGUAAACUAACGCGUAAAUGUAAUAAACACAGA